AUGGAAGAUAUAGACGAAUUCAGCAUACCCACAUCACCACCUCCAUAUUCUCUCAAACAAAAACUCAAGAACACCCUUUGCUUCUCUUGCUGUUUCCCCCACAACCAACACCCUCCUCCUCCGUCGUCCUCAGAUGAAAAGCCGUCUCUAGUCUGGAUCAAACCUAACAUCAAGGACAAGUGCCGUACGAUCAGCAACUUCAUCAGUAACGGGAAUGGAAAUCGUUAUAAAAGGCAUUCAUCGUCUGCUGAGUUCCGUUACGACCCUUUGAGUUACGCCUUGAAUUUCGAAGAUGGAUAUGGAGAUGAAGAAACCGCUUUCAGGAAUUUCUCUUCUAGACUCCCCCACUCCCCGCCACCGCCUGUGAAGCCUCUGGCUGUCUAG